AUGGCUCCCUUGAUCGCGACCAUCGACCCCAACGACGACGCCGUCUUCAGCAGCCCCGUCGCCACCAAGACGACGACGAUGACGACCAGCCAGCGCGCCCUGCUGCUCGCCCCGCCGUCCCUCGCCUCGCACGCCGACGCCCUCGCCCACGUCCUGACGCAAUACGACCGCAGCAUCACCGACCUGCAGAUGCUCGACCGCCUGUCCGCCGGCCUUGUGCAGCUGCCGCGCGCCCACUACGACCUGAUCCUCGUGCUGUCCGACGCCCCCGCCGCCACGCUCGUCGAGUCGCUCGCGCUGCUCGACCGCGCCGUCGUCGGCGCCAUUGCCGAGUCGCUGCGGCCCAAGGGCCAGCUGCGCGCCGAGCGCCCCGCCGAGAACCUCGAGACCGCCGCCGCCGCCCUCGCCAAGGAGGCCGUGCUUGCCGGCCUCGUCGGCAGCGGCGCCGGCGGCUUCGUCAAACCCGACUACGGCGACAAUGACGGCGUCGUGUCGCUCAAGCUCGGCGGCUUCCGCAACAAAAAGGCGGUCCAGGCUCCGGCUCCGGCGGCGCCAGCUGUCGGCAGCACCGUCCUCAACAACGGCACCAAGCCUACUGUGCCUGCCGGUGUGGGCUUCGACUUUGGCGACGACCUCGACGAUGACCUCAUUGACGAGGAGACCCUCAUGACCGAGGAGGACCUGAAGCGCCCCAUCAACAUCCCUCUGGAGUGCCAACCCAAGCCCGGCAAGCGCCGCCGCGCCUGCAAGGACUGCUCGUGCGGGCUAGCCGAGCGCCUCGAGGCCGAGGACGCCGCCAAGCGCGCCGAGGCCGACAAGACGCUGGCCAGCUUCAAGCUCGCCGCCGACGACUUGACCGAGGUCGACUUUACCGUCCAGGGCAAGGUCGGCUCGUGCGGCAACUGCGCGCUCGGCGACGCGUUCCGCUGCGACGGCUGCCCGUAUAUUGGCCUGCCGCCGUUCCAGCCCGGCGAGGAGGUUCGCCUGCUCAACAAUGAUGUGCAGUUGUAG